GCACCUCGAUGGUCUCUUCCUGGAUGGAAAUAUUGUGUGAACCGGUUGAUAUUUUGAUAACCUGCUUAACAUUUCUUCCGACACACACCAAAGUUCUUGCAUCCUCAGACUGCUUUUAAGUGUAGCUUUCGCCUUGUAUCGUAUACAUAGUCAUCGUGAAUAUUCGUUUAAUCAAAUAGCAACAAGCACCUGUAGGCCGAUUGCAACAGCCUUGAGGUUUCCAUUAAUUCGCAACCAGUGUUUGGUUAGCAAAUAACCGCGACAUAGACCAUUUUCAAGUAUGCUAAUUUAUUGCAUGUUUGAGUUGUUUCAGUUUAUUAAAUAUGGAUAACUCAAAACAAGCUAAAUCAGACGUUUACCACGAGCGACAGGUAAAGGAAUUAUGUGCCCUACACGCACUCAACAACCUGUACCAAGACAAAAAGGCAUUCAGCAAGAAAGACUUGGACGAAGUCUGCAUCAGACUUUCUCCUGACCAUUUUAUCAACCCACACAGAAGUGUCCUUGGCUUUGGCAAUUACGAUGUCAAUGUAAUAAUGGCAGCUGUUCAGAAAAAGAAUUGUGAAACUCUAUGGUUUGAUAAGAGAAAGGAUAUAAAAUGCCUAAUUCCGGAAAAUAUUUUUGGAUUCAUACUGAAUACACCAACAGAUUAUAAAUGGGGUAUGCUGAGACUCCCGUUCAAGAGAAAGCACUGGAUAGCCUUUCGCAAGAUAGGAGAUGUUUAUUACAAUUUAGACUCUAAGCUAGACACCCCCCAAGUCAUAGGGGAUGAAAAGAUUUUGCUUGGAUUUUUGCGUCAGGAGCUUGAGGAUGAGGAAAAAGAACUUCUGUUAGUGGUCCAUCAGGAUGUUGAACGGAAGGGAACCUGGAGAAAGGCAACAUCUGAGGAGAAGAAGUCUAGAAGGUCAAGUGCUAGUAAGGGCAAAAGGUCAAGUGAGUCGGCGACUCCCACACACUCUGGGAGUCAGAACACACCAAAACAUCUUGCCUCUCCUAGAGAAGAUGUAGUCCAGCCCUUUCAAUGUAAUUCUGCCAGCACCAGUGAAAAUCCUACCUCAUCCCACACCAACACAACACCACAUCUCCAGAGCCUGCAUGACCUCUGACAACCUUUGCUGACUAAGGUUGUUCAACAACUUGCUACAUCAGAGACUCCUGCCUUCACAGGUCAUGCUCAUCUUUACAUGUUGUAUCUACUGAAUCUCCAUCACUUGUAACCUUCAGAGCUCAACAGUUGAAUACUGUCUGUAGUAACAAGGUAUACUCAUUUGUCAUCCAUCAAGUCAUGAUAUUUUGAGAUAUGCAGCUUUUUAUGGUAACUUAAAAUACUGUAUAGUGUAUAGUUUGAAAUUGAUUUCAAAUUCAUUAAUCUUGUCCGUCCGUCUGUCCAUCCAACUUCCAUUUCUGCACAAUAGCUGGCAUCCUCGAUAUCCAGGGGUUACGCUAACUUUUGCUCUCUGCACCCCUGGAAUAUAUUAUAGCAAAAUUGUAGG